CAGAGCAGACUGUAUAAGGGGAGGAGCAGACCUGGUGAUCAUAAACAGCAGAGAGGUUCGGCGGAGCAGAAAGAAAGGGGGAAAUAACGAGAGAGAGAGAGAGACUAAACAUACCAACUAUGUUAUUUUCAGGUGUUUCUAAACAAAAUGGGAAAAGAUGUGCACUUCUGGAUUGGUCUGACUGACUCAGAGAUGGAAGGGUUCUGGAAAUGGGUGGAUGGAACAACAUCAGCAACAACGUUCUGGAGAAGAGGAGAGCCAAAUAAUACCGAUGGGGAGGAGGAUUGUGUGGUAUUCAACAGGUUUGUUAAUCUGUCGUGGGACUGGGAAAUGAUUCAGUCAUGGAAUGACCAGCCUUGCUCAACACACACACACACACACACACACACACACACACACACUUAUUUCACCUCAUUGCAAUUUGGACUGUAAGGACAUUCAGAGCAUCGAUGAGACAGACAGCAUACAAGGACAGAAACUAUACACACAGUACCAGUCAUCAUCAUCAUUGAGAUAUGGAGAUAGAAGAGGACAUCUAUGCCAAUGUAGAGGAGAUCCGUGUGAAAGACUGUAAUGAUCUGGCUGCAGGUUACGAGACUUUACACCAGAGUCCACAGGCUGGAACAAGACUGAAGCAUGAGAAUCAGAACUCUCAGCCUUGGAGGAUGGCUACAGUUUCCCUGGGCCUGCUGUGUGUUGUCUUACUGAUCACAGUCACAAGCCUCUCUGUGCACUAUGAUGAACAGUACUACGGACUGUCCAGACUCCAGACUUCAUACAACAACCUGACUGAGGAGAAACUCCGGCUGCAGAGGUCAGUUUCAGAGCAGGAGAAGAAGAUAUCAGAGCUUGGACCCUGUCCUGAUGGCUGGAGGAGACACAGAUGUAGCUGUUAUUACUUCUCUAAUAACAGUAAAACUUGGAGUGAGAGCAGACAAGACUGCAGAGAGAGAGGAGCAGAUCUGUUGAUCAUAAACAGCAGAGAGGAACAGCAUUUUCUAAACACAUUGGGGGGGAAAAUGCAUUUCUGGAUUGGUCUGACUGACUCAGAGCAGGAAGGGAUCUGGAAAUGGGUGGAUGGAACAACAUCAACCACAACACAGUUCUGGAGAGAAGGAGAGCCAAAUAAUGCCCAGGGGGGUGAGAACUGUGCAGUCUUCAACAACUUCAGAGAUACCCUGGGAAUUAUACAAUCAUGGAAUGACCAGCCUUGCUCAUUGCUUAUCCAUUGGGUAUGCAACUACACACCUAACGUGUCCUCCUAAUAGUCCUACAUAUCGUGAUGGCAUCUGCCCACAGGAGAAUAUCUGAAUUCGAUUGUAAAAAAAAACGAAGCAUCUCCUACAAGUUGAUGCUGACAGGUCCUGACAGGAAAACAAAUGACCCAUAACACAUGUAAAAAAAAAAAAAAAAGUCCCGCUAAU